GAGGUGUGCCAGGAUAAGGAAACCAGACGACUGAGGAGGGAAUAAAUCUUCAUUCUGUACUGGGCUUGCUAACACUUUACCUUAGCUGCUAACUCGUGUCAACUGAUGAGUCAAAUGAACUACAGUGGAGUUUUGGAGAACCCGUUCACCGUGCGUUAAGAGCUACCGGAAGCCCCAAAAGUGAAGUAAAACAGGCUGAUAGCGUCUGGCGUUCAUGCUUCCCUCAGAAGACUCCAGCCUGACCGGAGAUGGCCCAGAAGCACAUGUGGAUCUGGUUCCUUUGCCUGCAGACCUGGUCUGAAGCAGCAGGAAGAGAUGCAGAUUCGCUCCUGAUGUAUGGGAUUCUUGGGGAGUCGGUUACUUUCCCCUUAAAUAUUCAAGAGCCACAGAAAGUUAAGAACAUUGCCUGGACUUUUAAAUCAUCUGUUGCUUUUGUCAAACGACGUCUCCAAGGAGAAUCACCUGAAGUUACUGUGACCCAGGCGGUUUAUGAAGGACGAAUAGAUGUCAUAAAACAGAGCUAUGACCUAACCAUUAAAGGCCUGAGAACGGAAGAUGCAGGAACUUACAUAGCUGACAUAAAUAUAGAGAAUUCCCCCACCACCACAAAACACUACCAUCUUCAUAUUUACCGUCGGCUUGGAAAACCAAAAAUUACACAGAGUUUAAUAACAGUUGUCAACAAUUCUUGUAAUGUCACACUGACCUGCUCUGUGGAGGAAGAAGAAAAGAAUGUAACUUACAGUUGGAGUCCCUUGGGAGAGAGAAGCAACGUCCUUCAAAUCUUCCAGUCCCCUGAGGAUCAAAAACUGAAUUACACAUGUACCGUCCAGAACCCUGUCAGCAACAGUUCCAGCUCUGUCACUGCCCAGCAACUCUGCACAGACAUUUCCAGCUCCCUCCUCCGCCAUGCUGUGUUGCCAAGUGGAGUGGCUGUUGCUCUCCCUCUGCUUUUUCUCAUUCCACUUCCAGUAUUUCUGUUCUAUUUUUACAAGAGAAGGCGCGAUGGGACUGACCUGGAAGGUGAUAUCUCAAAGGAAACAGCAUACUCUGAAGUUUCAAGAAAUGCUCAUUCCAUGGAGUCCAGAAUCUAUGAUGAAAUCCCUGAGGCCAAGGUGCUGCCCCGCAAGGAAGAGCCAACGAACACCAUUUACUCCUCAGUGCAGCCUUCUGAAAAGGUGUGGAAAAACAACAUGAAGGAUGACAGACUUUCCAAGACUUUGGGUAAUGAAAUUGUCGUCUAGCCCCUUGCCUGAAGCUCGGUAACUGGGUAAAAGCACACUGAAUGCAGACACGGGGGCGCGGUGCGCAGCAACACUGGAUGAAAUCAUCAAGAUUGCUCACGUUUAAAGAAGACUGAAGAUAGCUGGAAUUAUCAGGUCUAACUGCAGCAUCACUGCCCGACAGCUGUGGGAAGAUAUCAAUCAAUAUUGGACACUUGGAUGUUCUGUGCAGACUCAACGUGCAUAAGGAAACCUGAUGCAAAGCCUCCACAGUUGCUACAAGAACCUUAAGCAACUUAGGAAAGGCAUGCUUGGAGUAUAAGUAACCCCUCACUUGAACGCAUGGCAUGGCAAGCCAAGUAUAGGCUACCCCUUCUCAUUCCUCAAUUCAGGAGCCGUCAUGCAGGACACAGCUGCUGAGUUGUGGCCCUAAGCCAGGCUGAUAUAUUCUCUAGAGUACAGACUAGACUGCUGGAAAUCUUCAGAAGCCUCAUAAGAUUUCCUGUCUGGCCAGGCUUGCCUUCCCUGUGUAUUACUUCAGACAGCCUCAGUGAGAAGACACCAUGCCCAAGAGCCUCACUCUCCAAAAGAAAUUGGCCAGCUACAUUUCUGACACCCUGAAGGAAGUGGGUGCAACUAAACCAUCAAACCAAGAGAUCUUGAGGACUGCAGAGUCAUGCACAUAAGAGGGAACCUAGGAAAUGACAUUGCAGAUGGUGAAACUGGCUUCACCCCAGCUGCUGUUUCAGCUCAGACCGGCACAGGGUUCAAGCUAAGGAGGAGUUCCUUCACCCCAGCACUCCCCCCCCACACACACACACACAAGCUCAAAACCAGCUGCCAGUCAUGAGGAAGAAUUUCCGUCUGGACAGGGCAGCAUGUGAUCAUUUGAGGCCAUGGCUGUCUUUUGUGUCAACAAUCCUUACCAGCUAAAUCUCAAAUGCCCAGGGAUACCAGGCUCCACAGUAGGAAUGAGCUGUAUUUGGGUACAAUAAAAUUGUGUGUCCCACAAAGGUCCUGGGCACAUUUGAAAGCGUGAGAGGUACUGCUAACUUGUCUUCUGAAAAGGUUAAACUGAUUUUCGUUUUCAGUAAGUGUGCUGGUGUCCUUAUACCCUCGCUCUGCCUAUCUGACAGGUGAAAUUUUUCUCCCAUAUGCCCAAAUACUUACUGUUGAUUGUAUUCAUUCUGUUUUGAAAAUUUGUUGAUAUCUGUCGGGUCCCAAAGAAACCUGGGACAAAUGGAUAACUGAGUUGCCUGUUAGCAUACCAAAGAGCACGCUGGCCAGGCCCACUCAGCCUGUGGCUCCUUUCUGCUCUUCCCACCCCACCCCCUAGCCUAACCCUCUCCAGCCCAGGGGCUUCACUUCCCUUCCCAGCCUCUGUUCCUCUCUCUCUCUCUCUCUCUUUCUCUCUCUCUCUCUCUCUCUCUCUCUCUCUCUCUCUCUCUCUCUCUCUCUGUCAGUCUUCCUUCUCUCUUGGUCCUCUUGGUCCUCCUCUCUCCUCUCUUCCACUCUCACUCUACCCCCUACCCCCUCUUUCUCUCCUUUCAUGGUGUGGUCUAUUCUGCUGGCUUUGUUCAAUCUGCCACUUUCUCUCUCUGCUCUGGAAUCCUUCAGACACCCCUGGCUAUACACUCCCUCAUGUCUACAAUAAAACCUUAUCUCUAACCAUA